AGAUGUUUAUUCUAUUUCUUAUUUUCUUUCUUUAGUAUAUCAAUCGUUCAAAGCAUGGCACUUCCGAAUCAUGUUAUCUUAAGAUUCUGAAUAAGUCGAGGAAAAGUCAGAACGCUACGGAUUUUCAAUACUGGGCCCGCUGACUCCGCAUUUUAAACAUGUCCUUGAAGCGUUCGAUUUACACAGAUCGUAGUCACAGCUAUUGUAAACAACAUGGCGGACAUUUUAGAAAAAGACGCAAAUAACAAUAACAAUGAGUUUAAAAUUGUGAAAAACAAGAAAGCAAAAAGUGACAUUUGGCAACAUUUUGGCCUGAAACUCAAUACAAAGAUAAAUCAAUUAGUUGAUAAUGUUGCCGUCUGUAUCCACUGCAAUCUGGACGUUAAAAUGAGUGGUGGAGGUACCUCAAAUCUGAGAACCCACAUCGAUCGCCGUCAUCCGAAUCUCAGCAGGGCUACUAAAUCCAGUACGUCAAAGGCAACAGAUGAAGAGGAUGAGACAAAACAUGUUGCUAAAAAGCAAAAAACCCUUGAUGGUAUGAUUGGUUCUAAAUAUCUCUUUAAUUCCGACAGAGCCAUGUGCAUCACUAGAUCUAUUGGCAAAUAUAUAAUUGAUGACAUACGACCAGUAUCUGUUGUAGAAGGAACAGGGUUCAAAAAGAUGAUUAUGACUUUGGAUCCUCGGUACACAAUCCCAGGUCAAACUUACUUCUCCCAAACAUUGAUUCCCAAUAUGUAUCAAGAGACAGCAGUCCGAGUUAAGUCUAGUCUCUCCAAUGCCAAGACAGUUGCAUUAACCACAGAUGGAUGGACCAGCCGAGCUCAUAUGUCAUAUAUCACCGUCACAUCUGCCCACAUUACACCAGAGUGGAAACUUGAGAACUUUGUUCUUCAAACACGCAGUAUGCCAGAGAGCCACACUGGUCUAAACAUUGCAAAUGUUGUGAGAGAUGCCAAAUCAGAGUGGUGCAUCACUACCCCCACCCCCCCACUGGUUUCUGACAAUGCAGCAAAUAUGACAGUUGGGGCUAGGGAACUUGGCAGCCAACCACACAUUGGUUGCUUCCCUCAUACACUCAAUCUUGGUGCGCAGAAAGCCCUGAAGAUGACUUCCGUCUCAAGGAUACUAGGGCGUGUUCAGAAACUUGUCGGGUAUUUUCACCGUAGUACUACAGCAGCAGCAGUACUGUCAGCAAAAACCAAUCUUUUAGGUAUGAAAAACUUAAAGUUGACCUGCGAUGUUCCUACACGCUGGAACUCUGCCGCUGACAUGUUGGAACGGUACCUCAAGUUGCAGCCUGCUGUUUAUGCAACACUUUUGUCACCAGAAAUAAGUCGCCACAUAGACCAUGAGACAAGCAUGUUGAAUGAAGCAGACACAAAACUGGCAGAGGACAUAGUGAAAUGCCUGUAUCUGUUGAAGGCAAUAACAGAAGCAGUCUGCACAGAGAGUAUGCCAACAGUUUCAGCUAACAUUCCGCUCAUACAGAAAGUCCAACAGAAUAUGGCAUUGAUAGGCACAGACUCUCCUAUGUCACGAUCUAUCAAGGAGGCCGUCCUAAGUGACUUGAACACUAGGUACACCAGUGAGGAGCUUCAGAAUUUCCUGUCUGAGUGCACUCUUCUGGAUCCACGUUUCAAGACCACUUACUUGACACCAGAGGCUAUGGAGAACACCUACCAUCGCUUGGCGCUGUUGUUACAAUCUGGGGAUGGAAAGGUACACGUUCAAGCUGACACCCAGGUUCCUACCCCUGGACAACAUAUUCCUCCACAUCCUGUGCUUCCCGAGAGGCCAAAUACCAGCCAAUCACCAUCUCCUACUGAGACAUCUGAUGAAGAGAAUGCAGCCAAAUGUCAGCGGUCCUCAGACUUCUCAAAGAAAGUUGGUCUUGCAGCUAUAUUUGACUUUGAGAAUGUUGAAGAGGCCACAGCCGCCAAGCCCAUGUCCUUGCAGGAGAAAAUCGAAGAAGAAAUAAAACAAUAUAAGCUAAUGAAUCAGAUAAGCAUAGAAAGCAACGCAUUAGACUGGUGGAAGAAAAACUGUAUCCAGUUCCCAUUACUUGCCUCUGUCGCAAAACAACGCCUGUGCAUACCAGCAACAUCUGUGCCAGCUGAACGCGUGUUCAGCUCAGCCGGUGAUAUUGUAACUGCCCAAAGGGCGUCCUUGGCUCCAGAAUUGGUUGACAUGUUGUUAUUUUGUAAAAAGAACUGUGAUUUGUGAUAAUUUCUGUCCAUUUUCUUAGGUUAUGUGAUGAUUACAUAUGGACAGUUUAAAGUUAAAUCAUCAUUGUUCUUCAUUAUAGCGUUAUCUUAACAUUCUAGUCAUAAAAAGGUGUUUUCAAAAGAGUGUUUUUUUCGAUAGAGAGUAUGAUUACUUCUAUCAAGUUUAUUACAGUUUCUUUUACAGUUUCUAGUCAUACUAUGAUACCAGUGUUUUCUGAUCAUUGAGUUUAAUAAAGUUUGUAAAACUUGUUAUUCUGCUGUUUUCUUCACAGAUACAUAUUCUGUAAAAUAUCGCGGUACGUUCCGCGAUACAGUGUUGCCGUACCACGAUAUACCGCGGUACGCUCACGGCGUAUCGUGACAGCC